UUCCCUGCGUAGCUCUCAAGGCAACAGACAAAAUGCUAGCCCCAGCACUUAUACUUGCAAUUGUUACUUUGGAAAUGUGUAUCCCGAUCACUGGAAAUAAGACAAGCUAUCCUGAGAAACAUUUGAAUAGACGUCCAAGAGAACUAGCUGCUUCAGCUGCAAUAGACUGCAAAAUGAGCGGAUGGAGUGAGUGGAGUCCAUGUGAUCCCUGCCUCAAACAGAUGUAUCGGUCUAGAAGGAUCGAGCGGUUUGGACAGUUUGGCGGAAAGCAGUGCUUCGGGCCUUUGGGAGACCGGAGCAUCUGUGAGACCAGCAGCCUCUGUGACAAUGAAGGAGAAGACUGCGGCAAUGACUUUAAAUGCGAAUCAGGGAGGUGCAUAAAGAAGAGGCUUGUGUGCAACAACGACAAUGACUGUGGAGAUUUCUCUGAUGAAAACGACUGCGAAGGCGAUCCCCGCUCACCCUGCCGUGGCAAGAUCGUGGAUGAGUCAGAGCUUGGAAGGACAGCUGGAUUCGGACUCAACAUCUUAGGGAUGGACAGUCUGGGCAGUCCUUUCGACAAUGAAUAUUUCCACGGACUCUGUGAUCGUGUCCAAGAUGGUAACACCAGGACCUAUUAUCGUAAGCCCUGGAACGUGGCUGUUCUCAAAUAUGAAACUAAAGCGGAUAAAAAAUUCAGAACAGAUGUCUUUAUGACGCAUUCGUCCAUAACAAAAGAGGUCUUCAAAGAAAUGAAAUAUGGAUUUGAGUUGGGAUUAUCUUUAAAAGUCACAGAGAUGGAAGCCCCCAGCUGUGAUACCUGUAAAGAGGAAGACAAGCCCACUACAUCUUCAAAACUGCAGUCUAACUUGGGCUUUAGGUUUUCUAAGACUGAAAGCAUCAACAAGAUCAUCGGCUAUUCCACAGACACGAAAAGGUCCUUUCUGCAUGUAAAAGGAGAAGUACAACUGGGAAGAUUCACGAUGCGAAGCCGGGAUUUUAUGCUCACAAGUACCUUCCUAGAUGACUUAAAAGCUUUACCCCUCGACUAUGAGAUCGGGGAAUAUUUUGCAUUUCUGGAGACAUACGGCACUCACUUCUCUAGCUCUGGAAACUUGGGAGGAGCAUACGAAUUAGUAUAUGUCUUGGAUGAUAUUGCAAUGAAAGAACAAGGUUUUGAAGCCAACGAUGUGCAGCGAUGCCUUGGGUAUAAUUUUGAUAUGACUUUACAGUUGUCAGACAUAGAGAUCAAACCAGAAAUUACAAGUGCUCGGUGCUCCCAGAUAACCGUGAAACAGGCCGGGGAAACCAACCAUAAGAAUGUUAUAGACGAUGUCAUAGUGAUGAUAGAAGGAGGAACCGUAGAGCAAGCCGCCAAACUGAGAGAAAAGCUGACGAGUGGAGCUACGGCGGUGGAUGCCAGUUACUUUGUAGACUGGGCAGCCUCCCUCCGGGAUGCACCUGUUCUCAUCCACCGGACGCCAUCACCCAUAUACAAUCUGGUUCCAGUGAAAAUGAAAGAUGCCCAAAUAAGGAAGAAAAACUUGGAAAGAUCUAUCGAAGACUACAUCAUCGAAUUCAACGUGUGCAAAUGCCAACCGUGCCAAAAUGGCGGGACGGUGAUGCUGGUGGACGGGAAGUGCUCAUGUUCUUGCAGCCUCUAUUUUAAGGGAGUGGCCUGUGAAAUCCAACAAUCCCCUUUUUCUCCAGCCGUUGUCGUGGACGGGAGCUGGAGCUGCUGGUCAUCCUGGUCACCGUGUAGGAAGGGAGAGCGCUCCCGGACUCGUCAGUGUGUUAACCCUGCCCCAGGGUCAGGGGGCAGGCCCUGCCAGGGUGACAACGAGGACAAAGUCUACUGCGGGGAUGAGGAUGAGGAAACUCUGGGCCCGACACCUCGGUCCACAUAGGUGAUGUCUCCAGACUUGAUGGAAGAUAGUACAAUUUUCAGGGAGAGCCUGCAGUUUCCAGAAAUUCUUUAAUAAAUCAGAGUUCCCUAUGCAGAGAGAGAGCAAUGAAGCAAACUCAAACCACCUUGCACUGCACAUCUCUUCAGGUGGAGAGUGAAGUACAAAUAAAAGGCAAUAAACUUGUUAAUAGAAAUGGAACCGCGUCA